UUGUCAAGACCCGCGUACCACUACCAUUGUCUGUCUAUAUCAUCCACAGUUAUCUGAACAUUGUUUGUGUACGAACUUUAAUUUUUUAGUUGGUGUAGUGUGAAUCGAAAGACCGAAAUCACAGCGAUCGUGUUGGUCUCUCUCUACCCUCUAUUUCUCUCUCUAUACGCGCGUGUAUAUAUAUAUAUACACAUAUGGAUUGUACUUAGUUUCAACAGAGCUCUCUGCGCUUCAAUUUCACUGUUAAAUCACUCUACUUUCCUGUUGAUUGUUUUGUGCUAGAUUGAAAAUUUUGAUGUCUUAAAUGAUCGGUAAAGUGUUUUGAAGUUCUCAUAAUGGAAAGGAUAGUAGAGGGACGACUUGUAGGCUCCGAGAUUCAUGGUUUCCAUACAAUGGAAGGGAGGGGUCCUGUUUAAAACACAUUUCAUCUCUUGAUUGCGACUCAUUGAGGAUGCCCAAUGCAUAUACUGACGAGCGGUGCCAACGCAUCAGUUCAAGAUGUGAUCAUGGAAGUGAAGUCGGGUUGUGAUUUGGAUGUUGGUACCAUGAUGGAGGAAGCUAAGGCAAGAUGGCUCAGGCCAAAUGAGAUUCAUGCAAUACUCUGUAACUUUAAGUAUUUCAGCAUCAAUGUCAAGCCACUCAACUUGCCAAAAAGUGGCAAAAUUGUUUUGUUUGACCGGAAGAUGCUCAGGAACUUCCGGAAAGACGGCCAUAACUGGAAGAAGAAAAAGGAUGGAAAGACUGUCAAAGAAGCUCAUGAACACCUAAAAGUUGGUAAUGAGGAAAGGAUCCAUGUAUACUAUGCUCAUGGCCAAGAUAAUCCGACCUUUGUUCGCAGAUGUUACUGGCUACUUGAUAAGACAUUGGAACACAUAGUUCUCGUUCAUUAUCGUGAAACCCAAGAGGGUUCUCCAGUCACACCUGUGAAUUCAAGUUCUAGUUCAGGCCUCUCUGACCCAUCUGCUUCUUGGCUUUUAUCAGAAGAAACAGAUUCUGGGACUAAUCAGGUGUAUUCUACUGAGCCUGGUGACAGUAUUACCAUAAAAAUUCAUGAAAGGAGACUUCACGAGAUUAAUACACUGGAAUGGGAAGAUCUUUUGGUGCCAGAUGAUCCCAGCAAGUUGAAUACAUCUGAAGGAGGUGGUGAGCAAGGAAAUGCUUCAUGCUUUGAGCAACAGAAUCAAUAUGAAAUUAAUGGAUGCAAAAGUAAAGGCAACCUCCCAUCAACCUGCAAUUUACCUGCGGAAAAUUCUACUUUCUUGAAUCUCCCUAGGUCAGCUCCCGGAAGUAAUUAUCUGCAUUUCAAUACAUCGGGAAGCCAUUGCACAGGUAAUUCUAUAAAAAUGAUGGACAACGACGGUUUGCAAACUCAAGACAGUUUUGGAAGGUGGAUGAACCAAGUCAUAGCUGAUUCUCCAGGAUCAGUCGAUGAUCCAAAUUCAGAAUCGUCAUUGUCACCUGGUUAUGAAUCAUUUACAACUCCAAUGAUAAAACAUCAACCAUCUGUUCCAGAGCUGAUAUUUAGUAUAACUGAUGUCUCUCCUGCGUGGGCUUUUUCAACUGAAGAAACAAAGAUCAUGGUGAUUGGACAAUUUUAUGAAGGGUAUCCAGAUCUUAGGAAGUCCAAUCUAUUUUGUGUCUGUGGAGAUGCAUUUGCUCCUGCAGAAAUUGUCCAACCUGGAGUUUUCCGUUGUUUGGUUUCACCGCAUACUCCUGGACCAGUAAAUCUUUAUUUGAGUUUUGAUGGCCGCAAACCCAUCAGCCAAGUUAUGACCUUCGAGUAUCGUGUUCCUUUCCUGCAAAACCAGAUGGGUUCUUCAGAAGACAAGUCUAAAUGGGAAGAAUUUCAAGUUCAGAUGAGGCUUGCUCGUUUGCUCUUCUCUACCUCAAAUAGCCUUAAAAUUUUAUCAAGUAAAGUAUCACAAAAUUCCCUGCAGCAAGCCAAAGUGUUUGCCCGGAGGAGCUCCCAGAUAUUUGAUAGUUGGGCAAAUAUGAUCAAGUCAAUUGAAAAUAAAAAAAUCCCAUUUCCACAGGCAAAAGACAGCUUGUUUGAGCUCUCUCUGAAGAGCAAACUGCAGGAGUGGCUAUUGGAAAGGGUAAUUGAUGGAUGUAAAACCUCUGACCAUGAUGACCAUGGUCAAGGAGUAAUCCAUUUGUGCGCUAUCUUAGGUUAUACAUGGGCUGUCUAUUCUUAUUCAUGGUCUGGCUUAUCUAUAGAUUAUCGAGACAAAUUUGGAUGGACAGCUCUUCAUUGGGCUGCUUAUUGUGGAAGGAAGGAGAUGGUUGCAGCUCUUUUAUCUGCCGGGGCAAAACCAAACUUGGUCACAGAUCCCACUAAAGAAAAUCCUGGCGGAUGCAAUGCAGCUGAUCUUGCUUCUAAGAAUGGUUUUGAUGGUUUAGCAGCUUACCUUGCGGAAAAGGCUUUAGUGCAACAUUUUGAGGAUAUGACCAUAGCUGGAAAUGUCAGUGGCUCACUGCAAACUAGCACAACCAAUUCAGUGGAACCUGGUAACCUGAGCGAGGAUGAUCUCUAUCUGAAGGAUACCCUAACAGCCUAUCGUACGGCUGUUGAUGCAGCAGCACGUAUACACGCUGCAUUCAGGGAGCACUCAUUUAAGCUACGGGAAAAAGAGGUUCAGUUUUCCAAUCCAGAGGAUGAAGCACAAGCUAUAGUUGCAGCAAUGAAAAUUCAACAUGCCUUCCGCAACUUCGAGACGCGAAAAAAGAUGGCAGCUGCUGCUCAAAUUCAGCAUAGAUUUCGCACUUGGAAGAUCAGAAAAAAAUUUCUCAAUAUGCGUCGUCAAGCCAUUAAAAUUCAAGCUGUUUUCCGGGGAUACCAAGUCCGAAAGCAGUAUCGGAAGAUAAUUUGGGCAUUUGGAGUGCUUGAAAAGGCAAUAUUACGUUGGCGUUUGAAGCGAAAAGGCUUUCGUGGGAUUCAGGCUCCUCCUGUUGAAGAUGUGAAGGAUCAGAAGCAAGAAAGUGAUGUGGAGGAGGGUUUCUUUUGUGCUAGUAGGAAACAAGCUGAAGAGCGUAUUGAGAGGUCUGUUGUUAAGGUCCAAGCCAUGUUUCGUUCAAAAGUAGCACAACAAGAAUAUCAGAAGAUGAAGUUGGCCCAUAAUCAAGCAAUGCUGGAAUAUGAAGGGCUUCUCAAUCCUGAGACUGACAUGGGAUAAGAGAAGUCUGGCAUUCUGCUGGGGUUAAGCCACUGCUUACUGGUAAUCCAGACAGCUACAGUUGAACAACCGGUGUGGACAAAAAAUUUCAAUGGACAGGUUUCUAUUCUUGAAUGCAAUUUGUACAUUUUUGUUAAAUACCUAGACUAAUAUAGUCGUGUAGGUCUGAACCCUUUUAUAUAUUUUAUGAAAUUAAGGGCCAUGAUUUCGGUUUCAGUGUCAGGUACGUCAGGUGGUUGUACUCUUGUUCACAGAGUUUUUGAGGUUUAUGUUCUUGUCUACUCUUUGAUACUUCUGGUUCACUUUUCAGUAUGAUGUGGAUGGUAUUGUUUAGCAAAUAUGUAUUUAGGGAAUC